AUGACGAUGAACAUAAGUACUUUUAUAGUAACAUUGAUCUUGUUAUUAUUGCAAUGGAAGAUGUUGAUGAUUAUAUGUCUGAUUAUCAACAAGAAUUAUAAGCAAAAAAAUAAAAACUGCAAAAAAUAUAUAUUUUCUUUUUUUUUUAAUAUGACUAGUAUUGAUGAUCCUAUUGUCAAUGAUGAUAUUAUCGAACAAAGAAGAUAUCGUGAAUCAAUGGACCCUGUUAUCCCAAGUAAUUUUAAUACAUUACGCUGUUGUAAAAUAUGUGGAUUAAUUAAGAGUCAAGAACAAUUUCAAAGAGAUGGUUGUGAUAAUUGCAAACGAUAUUUCGAUAAUUGGGAAGAUUACGUUUCUAGUAACUUUACUGGUAUGUUAUCAUUACUUCGACCUGAUAGAAGUUUUAUAGGAAAGGUUCUUGGCAUGAAAGAUACUUAUGUGUGUGGUUUAUACGCUGCUUCGUGUGAAGAUAGUGUUUCUCCUGAAAUAGAGAGUACUGCUGCAGUGAAUGAUAUUCAAGUGUUUUGUUUAAGAAAAUAA